AUGGCGCCUCUCAUCCUGCACAACGUCCCCGACGAGGAAUGCUAUGUCGGCGAAGACGGCAUCAAGCGGCCAUAUGCCAUGAUCUAUCCACACGAAGGCACAACCAGAACACGGCGCAGCAUCGCAGAAACGGGCUCCUUUGGCAAGUCAACAAGACGGUCUCGCUCCAAAACAGGCACGCCCGCCCGCGGCCGAGAGAAUCCCACGCUGGCCGCCGCCGACAAGCUCUUCUACGACUGGGUCACGAACCAGUCCAGCGCCAACCCGCCCUCCAAUCAGCGCAAGACCACCGCCGGCGCCGCCUCAGGGGCCCAGGAAGACGCCGUGCCCCAGCGCGCCGCCGUCAAGUCCUCGCCCGUCGAGCUCAUCCUGCGCGGAUACCGCUCGGCGACGCAGCAGUACGCCGCCAUCGCCCACUACGAAUCCCUCGCCGGCCUCAUCCUCGAAGACUACCCCCGAGAGCCGCCCUCUUCCCAGCGACGGUACAAGUCAGAGCUGCGCGAUCCCGCCUUUACGCGCCGCCGCAACCUUUCGACCGAGGAGCGCGCCCUGGUCAACCGCGCCGAUGGCGGCGAGCACUGGGUCAAGGUCACGUUUGCGAGCGCAGAGGCUGGCAAUGCUGCCAUCUAUUCCAGCCCGCAGAGGAUACUGGGACAUCUCGUCUAUGCUGAGCCCUACCGGGGCCUGGCACCGGCCAAAGACGAGGCGUGCCCGGACAUUGAACAGCUGGAGGAGGAGCGAUCAAAGAGCGUACCGAGCUUUGCACCACCGAGUUUUGGACAGCCCAAGAGGAAAUCGGUGUCAGGUCUUCCCACGACGUUUAACAGCCGUCUUCUCGACCUGUCACCCGCCGAAUCGAGGGAAUCCAGCCAAACCAUGAACAGCGCCACCCUGACUAGCUUCUCUCACGGCUCAAGCGCCACCAUUACCGAACCCCUACCUCUCGGCUUGACAACAAGCAUCGAGCCCAUGGAAAUCGGCCAGGAGGACAGCAUCUUCUGCCGACGCAUCCCUACCGCGCGCAAAGCCCGUCUCCUCCCUGCCGAACAAGCCCUCUUACCGCAGCAGUCCGUCGUGCAGCGCGUUCUCAACGCACUCCCCAUCAUCAAGUGGUUCUCGGGCAGCAUGAUUGGCAACGAGGUGCCGCGAACCGAAACUGGCGAGUUUGACUGGGGCCGCGCGAGUCUCUACUGGAAGAUUAUCUGGUGGCUUGAUGCCACGUUUAGUCUAUUCAGAGGCGAUGUGUAUAGCGUUGACAAGGAUGACUGA